AUGGCUACAAAUUCCACUAUCAAAGGUGCUGCAGACAUAUUAUCUCUUUAUUUUCCUAUAAUUGGUGCAGUGAAAUUUUUAGUUGGUGAAAUUUAUCAAAUUUAUGAGAAUGCAGAAUGUAAUAAAGAACUUUGUGUGAUUAUGGUUGAUAGAGUAAAAACCGCAGAAUGUUCAAUGGAUAAAAUUGUAAGAAGUAUAGAAACUAAUAAAGAAGAUUUUCAUAAAAAAUCUUAUUAUUUAGCUUUUGAAAAAUUUAAAAAUAUUUUGAUACAAAUUAGAGAUUUUACUAAAAGUGUAUCAAAACUUAAAGGUUAUAAAAAAUUUCUUAAUGCAACUGACGUUAGAAAUAAAUAUGAUCAUUUAACUAAAGAAUUUGAUAAAUGUAUGGAGGAAUUACACUUUGCUAUCGAUGUUUCUAAUGCAAUUGAUAGAAAAAAAGAAGCUGAAAGAGUUGAUAAAGCUUUGAAAGAAGUUGAACAAACGCUCAAAAAUCUUGGUGAUAAAGUUGAUACAAUAGCAGAAGAUGUAGGCUUCAUUAAAGCUCAAAUAACUAAACAAGGUGACGUUCAUGCUAAAAAAAUUGAACCAAAUGAAUUACGUGACCCUUUAGUUCAAGCAACGAAUGGCAGCGUAAUUAAAAAGAUUUAUAAAUCAUCAAUCGAAGUUGCAUGUAAACCUAUAAGAGGCCAAAAUGAAAAUGAAUUAGCAAUUCUUGGUAAAUUAGGUUUAUCACCUCACAUUCUCUAUUUUUAUGGUCAUUCAUGCAUUAAUAACAAUAAUGUUAUGAUUUCUGAAUGGGCUGAGCGUGGAAAUUUAAGAGAACUUUAUGAUCAUUUUGAUAUUCCUUGGACUAGGAAAAUACAAAUUGCCAAAGAUAUAUUUCAAGGCAUUACAUUUUUGCGUACAGUGAAUAUUUUCCAUCAUGAUGUUAGAUGUGAAAACGUUUUCGUAUUACGUGACUUGAACGUAAAACUAGGAAAUUUCAAAUGUGCACGUGAAGUAAAUGGAGUUUCUACAAAUCUUUCAAGUUUA